AUACAGUCCAACUCAGGCCACUUGAAACUCUAAUUUAUCGUUAUUACGCAUUUAUCAAAUCCACUGAUACAUGUAAGUAAUAACAACUGCAGAUGCAUGGGGGCAUAAUUAAUAUAGAUGCAUAUAAUAACAAUGAUAGAAGUUUACGACUAGUUAGAAAUAAGACAUACUCCUGCUCCGAACUUCCGAAAUAUUUGGAUUUUCUUGCAAUUUCUGUUAGAUGGCUGGAUGUAACAUGUGUGAAAGCAAUAUAUAAAUCUGGUCAUUGUGACUUGAAAGUGUAGUGUAACUAUGAUGAUAUAAAAUUGUUUUAAAAGUAAUUGUUUAGAUUAACACCAUACAGAUGUAGUUCAAUUCUAUAACACAAUACACUAAGGUUAGAUUUCUCAUACCAAACUUUGGAUUCAAUUCAGUUUUGCUACACAUAGACAGUCAGACAGACAGACAGUCCUCGAUGAAUGAAAUGUGAACUUUCCAUAAACUGUAUUAUUAAAAAAGCUGGCUAUUGACGAGUGAAGUUAAAUUUGAAGAAUAUCUUUGUGAAUCCACCUCAGUUUUAAAGUAAUAUUUUAGUUUCUAGAUCCUUUAUUCAUUCUGUCAACAGAAGAAAAGUUUUGGUACAAAUCUUGCUUAUUAGGAAAAGUCUGAUUCAUCAUUGCCAUCAUCUAUUGUCUUUAUUAUUGAAUUGUUAUAGAGGAGCCAACAAGUUUUUGUACUUUUACACUGAAUUUAUGUAAUCAGAUUGAUGUGUCCAUGUUAUUCACAUUGGUCACCCUAACCUAAUGGUGAAGAAAAUUCAAAGAAAAUAAAAAUUGUGCGUGUCAAAAUCACAAAAACAACUGCGUCUUUUCGUGGUAGAUGGUUUUAAAUUAUUGCAAGCAAAAUAAUUAUAGAAGUUUUUUUCCCCGUCUGAGUUGUCUCCGGGAGAAGAAAAGAUGUCUUCAACUUUCAUGUGUAUUAUAAAUGUCUGAAGAAUGAUGGCCAGCAGCGAGAGAUAAUAGCCACCAGUAAGAAAAGUGAAUGUGUCUGAGUGUUUAGGAGAUUUAAAGAGAAAACUAUAUUAUUGUGUAUCUGUAGCUGUAAUAAAUUUCACCCUGUUACGAGACAUGAUAGUAGAGAAAAGGAAUGAAAUUAAUUCAACUUCUGGUGACAACUUUUAAUUGUUGUUUUGUUUUAACUUUAACAUCUAUGAUACUACCUUUAAAAGCUGAUUGCAGUUUUACUUUCUCCAACAAAACCGGUGAAAUCAAAGCUCUUUCUAUGGAACUAGAGAAAAAAGGACAUUUAAGAAGUUGUCGUUAUGAAAUAGAUGCUCCAGAAAAAUAUCAAAUUAGAUUAAACUUUACACAAAUCUCUGGGUUUAUUGUUUCUAAUAAUACCCAUAAUUCCUGUCUGCCAGAAGUGGAGAUUAAAGAUAUGAUGCACGGUCAUGAAGUGAAAUCAGAAACAGUUUGUUGGCAGAAAAAUAAUUCAUAUGCCCCACAAGUCUUUCGUUCAAACUCAAAUUCGUUAAGAAUAAUAUUUACAUGGAAGAAAGGACAUAAGAGUGGCUUUCACAUAUUUUAUCAUUUUUUUCCUGAAAAUAAUUGUGACUCGGGUUCCAGUUCGGACAUAAAGUGUUCUAGCCAGGGACAUACUUCCUCCACAGGAUCAUUUGAUUUUGUGAAGAUUAUUGUGAUAGUGGUUUGUACCGCCAUAUUUAUUGCAUUAGGCGUAGUUUUUUGCCUAGUGAUGAGAACUCAGUGCAAGAUGGUAUCUAGGGCCUGGCAACGACACAGCUCAAGAGAAGAUCAGCUUCGCCCCCAGUCUCAGAGUUCAGAGGGUUUUGUUUCCACACCAUCAUCUCGUGAACAGAUGGAGCAGCAGGAGGCGUUGUUGCGUGAUCGUUAUGUCCAGAUAUCUUCUACACAGAGAGACGGAGAACUAGGAUAUCCCCCACAAAUACCCAUUUCCCGUGAUGGGGAAGAAGGGUAUGCAGAAAGUCAAAAACAGUUAGCAAAUCAACGUAAUUUAGAAAAUACAGACUUACAGCAAUAUUUCCGACCCCCGCCUAAUCGAACUAUUUUUGAUCGUAAACAAACCCCUCCCCCUUAUCCCUACACCUCUGCUACUUCGUUAGACACAUCCUGUGGUAAACCAUCUAAUGGUUAUUCGUCAGUGAUACGCUGUAACAGUAUAUCUAUAAAUAGUGCUAAAUCAGACUCGUCACACCGAUCUAAUUCACAUUCUCGGACUUCUUCUAUCUCUGCACCUAUGUCUCCUGCUAGACAUCUUCAACGUGACUCUAACAGUUCCCCACGACUUUAUUCUGGGGCUACUCCACCUUCACCCCAAGAUUUGGCCAAUCCAGAGAAUGUAUAUAAUAAUAAUAAUAAACAGCUGGAUGUAUGAUACCAAACUAUGGCUUUAUAAAUGUGUUCUAGUGAUAUGAAACUGUGGCUCAGAAAAUAUCUGAGUAUAAUAUUGCAGUGACAACAAGGUGGUAAAAUGGAUGUGAAACUAGGGCUGUUCAAAGCCUGAUUAUAAUGUGAUGCGAAACUAAGGCUGGAUGUAUACAUGUGUUUUAGAUUGUGAUAAAAAGUGUUCUUUCACGAAAACCCCCCAGCAGUUACUAUGUUAGACAAAUUAUAUCUGUGUUCUUGGUCUUUGUGAGUUCUAAUCCUCUCUGUGCAGACAAUUUAGUGUGGAAACCAAAUGAUAUAAUUACACACAUCAAGUAUGAUUUUAAACAGCAGAUGAUAGCUCUGUAAUAUGUUAUUAUUGACCUUGACCCCCAUUGCUUGACCUCUGCUCAACCUGUGUUGCUAUGGUAACCAGCUUUUGUAUUAUUUUGUGAAUAAAACAGAGACUGGUGCCUGGUAACGAGAUAAGCAUUUCAUUAACAACCGAAAGAAACCUUUGUUACACUGCAGAUAGAUGUGAGAAACGAGAACCCAUGUUGAUUAUAAACGUACUAUUAGUAGUUUUUAUAGAACUAUCACAGUUCAAAGUGCUUCACAUAAUUCAACGUUCCAGAUAAAAUAGGGCUUUGGUUUAAAAAACAGAUUGCUGCAUCUGAGGAAUAUCUGUGAAUAAACCAUUCAAUACAUAAUUGAUCAAAAUAUAUAGAAACAAAUCUUUUAAAGAUUUACCUUUUUUUUAAAAAAAAAGACUUCGCAAAUUAAAUUUUAACGAUCGUUUCUUUCUGAGUGUUAUGAUUCUUAACUUUAAUUGACAUCAGUAAAUGUUCUAACAGGAAAGGGACAUAUAAUAUAUUAUUUACUACUAGAGAUACAUGUAUGAUAAAUGUGUGACAUUAAGGUAUGCAUGGUUGUGACGUUAAAUGUGGAGUGUGUGUGUACGUGCAAUUUAUUAGAUGACAUAUAUAAAUAUAUAUCUAUAUUAUGCGAGUGUGUGUAGAAAUGGUACAAGAAAUCAAAGAACCAGUCAUCUUUACGAUGCGUAUUUGUGAUGAAGACGGUGUAAUACGAGAAUAUCAUCAUGGUUUACAUUUAAAAUAUAUAUCUUUCAUAGAUAUAGAACAGUAUACUGUAAAACAAGAAAUUAAUGCCAAAUGAAAUUAAUGUCUCUUUCAGUUUAAAGUAACAAUGUUAUUGUCAAUUAAUUUUUAAAACCCAACCACAUCCAGUUAAAAAUACCAUAUUAUGACCAUCUAGAAAUUUUUUAUACGCCCAAAUUUUCAUGUGGGCGUCGUAUAUUGUCGUCGCACCUGGACAUCCGUCCGUCCACAAUUUUUUUGUGGACAUUCUACAGGUCACAAUAUUCAUCCAAUUUUGACGAAACUUGAUAUCCCAAAGAUCUUGGUUCCCUUCAAUAUUGGCAUGUAUCCAAAAACAACAUCAUGGAUUAUGGUCCCUGAUUGUACGAAAAAUCAUGUUUUUAGCUUGUGGACAUUCUUAAGUAGUAACACUUUUUAUACAAUUUUGAUGAAACUUAAAAUGUAUGAUUAUAACCCAAAGAUCUCGGUUCCUUUUGAUAUUGGCAUAAAUUAAACCGUAACUUCCUGGAUUAUGGCCCCUGAUUGUACGAAAAAUCACGUUUUUAGCUUGUGGACCCUCUAGUGGUCACAUUUUUAUCCGAUUUAUAAAAUCAUUUAAAUGUAUAACCGUUAUAGUACACCUUAAUGACAGUUGAGUUCGAAUUUUGUGAAAAUCGGACCGACACUGCCUGAAAAAAUGUCCGCUCCCCAUACGCAAAAAUAUGUCUAGAGGGUUAACUAGCAGACGAUAAAAGUCAAUGUUUAUAUUUCAACAUUAUCCGAUUUUGAUGGUACUUAAAAUAUAUGUUUAUAUCCCAAAGAUCUUGAUUCCUUUCCAUAUUCGUGGAUAUCAGACCAUAAACUCCUGGAUUAUUGCCCUUGAUUGUAUGAAAAUCAUGUUUUUAGCUUAUUGACCCUCUGGAGGUCAAAAGUUUUAGCCCUUUUAAAAGAACCUUUUAUAUAUAUCACCGUUGCAUCCUAGUGACAGUUGAGUUCGUGAAAAUCAGACCGAAACUGCCUGACAAAAUAACCCCUCCCUGUAUGCAAUAGUGUAAAAGGUUGUGGAACCUCUUAGAGGUCACAUUUGUAUCUGAUUUCUAUCCCAAAGAUUGGGUUCCUUUCGAAAUAAACGCAUAUCUGAUCAUAACUUCCUGUAUUAUUGCCCCUGAUUGUCCGAAAAAUGUCCUUUUGUUUUUAGCUUGUUCUCUGUUCAUCUCUUGCAAAAUGUGGGCAUAUCUUGCAUGCCAACUGCUUGUUAAUCUAACAAACCGCCAGAUUUCUCAUAACAAACUUUGGAAACUCUAAUUCUUAAAUUGUUUGGGAACCUGUAUUAUUAUAGAGAGAUAAACAAUGAGCAGAACAGUAGGACGUUAAACCCUAUUUAAUUUCGAUAAUAUUGUUAGUACUGGAGUUUAAACUGUUAAAAUUUCUAAACUGAUAUGCAUAUUAAAUUAUUAGUAUGAUUAAAUGCUGAUUAAACAUACAUUAUGCAAGAGCUAAAUCUGCCAAUUGCAGGUCUUUCUUUAGGCCUGAAAUGUUAUCUAAAUUUUUACAAGUAAUUAGACAUUAAUUAACUUAUCCAGACCUUAAUUAACUCUCGAUGGCAUCGCUAGCCUGCGAUAUUUACUGGAUUAUGAUCCCAUUUGAUGCUCGACUUCCAUUCAUAAUUUAAUCAUGAAAUGGAUGAUCAAGACUGCUUUUAUCGUACAGACUUUAGUAAUGAUGGUCGAGGCUAGGCCGAAAUUUCAAUCGCUUAAUUCUCGGUUUCAAUAAGACCAAAACUAUUAUAGUGAGAACUGCCAGCUCUUUAUCUAAUCUCCCAUAAUGUAUCUUUAAUGACAAAAAAAUUUUGUGGCUUGCAUAAAUAAUUGCUACUUUAAGUUAAUACAACCCUUGUUAUCUUUGUAAAUGAUUGUUUUUAGCCAGUUGGCUACAUGCAACUUUAACUAUAGAAUUGGCAUAAGUUAAAGCUACUCAUCGUCAUUUCGUCACUCGUCAGUGGGGAGUGAAAAGGUCAUAUCUGGCGUAUUUUGUGAAAUUCGCUAUUUUGCUUCUUCAAAAUGAGAAUUUUCUUGUGCAUCUUUUCAUUUAGUUGACAUAUUUCUGAGCCAAUAAAAAGGGUUCUUUUAGAUAUUGUUUCAAAAUGUUGAAUAAUAUCAAUAAUAGUAAAAAUGUCAUAUUUCCUUGAAAUAAUCAACUUUGUAUCAUACCAAAGCAUUACAAUCAAGCGAAAUAUAGCCAGUAUUGUUUUUAUGGUUAGCUACAUAUUAUUGAGAUUAAUGUUUAGCCACCACUGUGUGAAAUCUAUGAAAUUGAAGCAGGUAAAGGUUAAUUUAUUCACAAGGUACGUCUUUGCUGUAUAAAUUGGCAAAUAACUAGCUUUCACUCCUUAUUUCUGCACUAGAUGUUUAGCCCGAUAUGUGAAGUUAGCUACAUACUGUUUAAAAGGCUACACAUACUUUUUUUUACAGAAAUAUUUGGGAAAAUCUUUGGGAAUAUGUCUUUUUACUACAUACAACAUUUUUAUGUGAAAAUUCGGUACCACAUUUUGAUUCUUGACCUUUAUGUGAUUUUUGGUGCUCAUAGACAAUUUCGCAAAACUUGGAUACAACCUUUUUGCUCCCCACCGAUGAUUUUUCUUUUCUAGGACAGUAUCUAAUUUUACACAGCUUAAUCCAUGAUAAACUGUUCCACAUUCAAUUUAAAAAGAAUAACAAUGGUAAAUCAUCUCUUGACUUGGAAUCAGUCAAAUUAAAAAUAUCAAGUUGAUAUCGUCUUCAGAGAAUGUUGACAUAUUUUCAAUUUAUCAUAUCUUUGUAAUUACGGAACGGAAUUAAACCAUUUUUUACUGCCUUAGAGAAAUUCAAAUUCAUAAUAUUGUAGCUUGCAAGGAAUGGAAAAUCACUCAAAUGAUGAUCAGAGGCUUUAUUUUAAUACAAAGGACACUGAUUAUUUAUUUAAAAAAAAAAGAAAUUAAUUACUGUUAAUUAUCUUUAUAUGCCCACAUUUUCAUUUGGACAUAUAUUGUCGUCGCCCUGUGUGUCCGUCCGUCCACAUUGUGUUUGUGGAUACUCUACAGGGUCACAAUUUUUACCCGAUUUUGACGAAACUUGAAAUAUAGGUUUAUAUCCCAAGAUCUCGAUUCCUUUCGAUAUUGACAUGUAUCAGACUUUUAACUUCAUGGAUUAUGGAGUAUGGACCCUGAUCGUACGUACAAUCAUGUUUUUAGCUUGUGGACCAUCUAGACGUCUUAAAUUUUAUCCAAUUUUAAAAACUGUUUAAUUAUAUCACUGGUACACCAUAAUGGCAGUAUAGUUCGAAUUUCGUGAAAAUCUGACCGAAACUGCCCGACAAAAUGUCCACUCCCCAUACGCAAAUAUUGUAAAAGAAAGUAAUAUCAAGGUUUUGGACCCUCUAAAGGGUCACAAUUUUUAUCUGAUUGUUUAUAUCCCAAAGAUCUUGGUUCCUUUUUAUAUAAGUGCAUAUCGGCUCACAAAUUCCUGGAUUAUCGCCCCUGAUUGUACGAAAAAUCGUGUCAUUAGCUUGUGGACAAUUUAGAGGUAAAAUUUUUAUCCAAUUUUGAUGAAACUUAAAAUGUAUAUGUUUAUAUUCCAAAGAUCUCAGUUCCUUUUGAUAUUGAUGCAUGUUGGACCAUAACAUCCUGGAUUAUGACCAAUUAUUGUAUGCUUUUUUAGCCUGUUCUCUGUCCAUCUCUUGCAAAAUGUGGUGGGUGUAUCUUGCAUGGCAACCUCUUGUUUUGUUUUGAAGGAUGUUAUGCUAGGGUAAUGUUUUUUUGUUAUGUUACAGAAGAGAAAUGAAUAUUGAACUAGAUAUAUCAGUUUCUUGGAGGCAUCAAUUUCUUUGUUUUAAAAGGAUUAAUACAUGUAGUUAGUUGUACUUGUUUGGAGGCCUAUUUUCAUACUGGAAACAAAUGCAUUACAAUGUGGUAUGUGUUGUGCAAAUUGCCAAAAUAUAUACCCGUUAUGUUAUUGUUUAGAAUUACCAUAAAAUGAAAUAUUGUGUUCAGUCAUAAAGAUUAAGAAUAAUAUUUUUACAUAUUACUCUGGAAUUUAUAAAGGACCUGACCUGAUAAUGAGAUAUUGAAUAACAGUUUGGUUAUUUAACAGUUCUAGUUCCAAAAGGCAAAAAAAGCUCUGGCCAAUUUAUAAGCAAUUAAGUCAAUUAAUGCCUGCUUGAUGUCACAUUUUCUCAGUGGUUGAGAAAUUCUUUUGUCCUGGUCUGGAAUGAUUGAGGUUCCCCAGUAGUCAUACACCAGUUAAUUUGAUUCAAAUGACUAAGAUUAAUCCCAUAAGAGAAUUGAUUAAAAAAAAUUGUUCUGGGUUUGUAGUCCACAGUUUACUGGUAAUCACUUUAUUAUUGUACAGGAAAAUAAAUCUUUCCUUUUUGUCACUUUUUGGUCCAUCAACAAACACUCCCAGGUCCCAGUUCUUAACAUAACUUCUGAAAUAUUUGUUGGGAUUGCAGACUUGCCAAGUCUCUCAUGGAAAUCCUGCAAGUCUCAAGAAAUAUGGAUUAACACAGGUGUUUAGAAAUCUCACAUAAUUCAUGCCAUCACAGACUUGACAAAACUUAAUAAUGAUGCUUGAAAAAAUUCUUGUUAAAGAGUCCACAGGGUCGCAACUGGCCAAGUUGGUUGCCUGUAAGCGACGAAACAGUGAUGGUGCCAGAAAAAAAUUGUUGCUCAUAAAGAAAGAGAAGUGACUAUUAAAGAGUAGUGCUAGACACUGUUUAUUACAAAAAUUUAAAAUGUUUUAAAUUCCAAUCCAUUAGUCAAUUUAAAGAAACUACGAUUCCUAAAAAAUUGAUUAAAUAAAUUAGCUUGGUGCCAGAAAAAUGUCGCACAAAGCAGAGUGGCUCCAGACAAAAUGUUUUAAUCGAUAGUCAAUUCAAUACAAAUUUACGGUAAUGAAAGUUAUUUUAAAUUUAUAUUAUAUAAAAGUCAGUGGAUUUCAGGCACUUGAUUGUGCCCACUAGAAGGCAAACUUUUAUCUAUGAAAUUCAUUCAUUCAUUACUGUUAACUUUAUAAAGAAUACACUAGUGCUAUAUUUAAACAAAAAGUGCUCCUUAAUCCAACCAAAACAUUUAACCUAUUCUAGUCAUAGAUAACAUUAACAAAGUAAUGUAAAUCCAAAGAAAAACAAUCCAUAGAAUUAUUAUUUUAUUUAGUAGAUCAGAUACAUCUAAUACACAAUAGGCAAAGAUUGAUACAAUGUUAUUAUAAGUGUUUGUCUUCCACUUCUCUUAUGGGAUUCUUCAAAACAUCUGUGGACGUAUAUUGUCGUCUCUUGUCUCGCUGUCUGUGCGUCCACAAUUUGUGAACACUUAAUUGGCCACAAUUUUUAUCUUGGUUCAUUUCAAUAUUGGCAUGUAUCGGACCGUUACUUCAUGGAUUAUGGCCCCUGUUUGUACGAAUAAUCAUGUUGUUAGCUUGUGGACACUCUAGACCUCACAAUUUUGAUGAAACUUAAAAUGUAUGUUUAUAACCCACAAGAUCUUAGUUCUUUCCAAUUUUAGUGCAAUCUGAUUAAAAUACAGAUCUAUAUUUCGUUUCAUUUUUUUAUACUUUCAAUGGCCUACACUACAUGAAGAUCUGACCAGUUGUAAUGAUAGGUCGUGUCAGAGGUCAUACAAGCAGCUUUUGACCCUAUGAUGUCAGACAUUUGAUUAACCAAUCAGCAUUGAUGUUACUAGUGGAUUACCCACAGUUCCGUGCAAAACACACCUAAAGAUCGCCGUAACAGACCGUUUCAUUGGCUAAGCCCUUACCCCAUUCAGAACACAUCAAUGAUAACUCUUCCAGAUCCUAGUGUAGUAAAGACAAGUAAAACGAAAUUUUGAACUAUAACAAAGAAACGAAAUAGGAGCAGUGUUUUAAUCAGAUUGAUUUUAGUGCAUAUUGGAUCAUAACUUCCUACAUAAUGGUCCCUGAAGGUACGAAAAAUCAUGUUUUUAGCUUGUGGCCCCUCUAGAGGUUACAAUUUUUAUCCAAUUGUAAAAAACAUUCAAAUAUAGCACCUUUACACUCUAAUGACAGAGAGUUCGAAUUUUGUAAAAAUCGGACCAAAACUGCUCGCCAAAAUGGCCGCUUCUCAUACACAAAUAGUGUAAAAGUAUGUAAUACCAAGGUUGUGGAUCACAUUUUAUUUCCGAUUUUGAUGAAGCUUAAAAUGUAUUUUUAUAUCCCAAAGAUUUCGGUUCCUUUCAAUAUAAACUUCCUGGAAUAUGACCCCUAAUCGCUUUUUUUUAAAAAUUUGUUCUCUGUCCAUCUCUUGCAAAAUGUGGGCGUAUCUUGCUUGGCAACCGCUUGUGGAUUAGAAAUGUAUUCAUGACUAAGAAAUACAGAAUUAUAGACUAAAAGUAAUUCAUUCUGUUAUUUGAAAAUAUAGCUGUAUAAGUUUUGAAACUGGUUGUCAAGGCUCAUAAUUUGCAUGUGCAUAAGUAAUGCUUGCUCACUGAAUCUGAACUAGACUGUUUGCCAUGAGUUUUGGCUCAGUUCAAUUCUUUUCUGAAAUGUAAUUUUUGGGCUACAUAAUUUACAAUUAUUGCAGGCAAUAGUUUUUUUGUUUUACUACAUUAUGUAUAUGCUAUUUGAAUAUGUUAUGGUAUGGGCCUUCAACGAUCUACAAUUAAUGUAAAAUGGAAUGGAAAUAUUGAUGAAUUUGAGAAUGGUUAUAACCUGGCUAAUGAUGUUCAUGUCAAUUCUUCUAGAUUUAUGAAUUGGUUAUCAGCGCACAAUUAUUACAUCAUUAUUUUGUAUGUAUGUCAUUACUUACAUGUAUUCAUGUUUCAUUGAGCAGAAAAUUUGCAGUUUGUGAGUUUGGGGUAAAAAGGUCAUGAAUUUAGGCAACGCAUUUGCAUUUUCUUUGCAAGUGAAUUACCCUAUCAGAUUCCAAUGUAAGAAAAUGAAAUGUUAUUUCCGAAGAAAAUUGCAUCUCUUUGAAAAAGAAUUUGCAAAGAUAGAAACAUUGAUAUGUAACUGUAUUUAUAUUUUUAAACUACAUGUAGAAAUGGAGGUUUGUUAUUAAAGGAUUUGGAAUGAAUCUGAAUGAAUUUUAGAAUAUAUUAUGAAAAAUGAAUGUAGGGCCUAGCCCAGGUACAGACAAAAAAGCAGAAAUAAUGCACUUUUUUUUUGAUUUUUUUAAAUGAAUUACCAUGAAAUGGUAAUGUGAUAGUGAUGUCCCUUUGUUAGAUCUUUUGUUAUGUAUGGUAUAAAUGUAUCUGUUCAUCAGUUGUCAGAUUUAAAUAAAUUUUACAAAAUUAGAAAAAAAAAAGUACAAGAAAAAUGUAGGUUGUUUGUUACUUGAAAUUUGUUGUUUUGAAAGAUUAUUAAUAAGAAUAAUUAUCUCAAUCAUGUCUGAAAAUUAUAUAUUUAUAUUUUUUCAGAAUUGUUUUGAAAGAUUCUUAAGAAAAUUAUUAAUAUACUGUGAAGAAUGUUUUUUUUUUUUUUUAAUUUAAUAAGAUUUCUGAUAUAUCUGUAUAUGAAUAUAUAUGAAUCUAUAAUUGUGUGAAUGAGUGCUUGGCAAAUAUCAGAAGUUAAUAAUAAUUGUGAGAAAUAAAUUACAAAUCUGAGUGAAAAGUUACAAAAAAUUAGAGAGAAAAAGUCUCUCUCAAUCUAUAUUGUUUUUUUUCUGCUCCAAUAUCUGUGUUGUGAGCUGUUAGAUAAAAUAAAAUAUAUGAAAUUUUAA